AUGGGUUCUUGUUUCUCAUCACCUGAACCUAAACCCAAUACUUCCGAACCGAAACAACCACCUUCCACUUCACCCACCAGUCCUACAGGACCAUCAACGAACAAAGCGACGGAAGAAGAUGGAGGUGCACAAGGUAUGGCAGCUGCUUUAGCUAGCAUCGAAGGACCAGGCGAGAGAAAUAGGAGUAACGCUAUUGAUAGACAAUUGGAAGACGAUCAGAAAAAGUUUAAAAGGGAAUGUAAGAUUUUAUUACUUGGAUCCGGUGAAUCAGGCAAAUCCACAAUUGUCAAACAAAUGAAAAUCAUCCACCAAAACGGUUAUAGUAAAGAUGAGUUGUUGAAUUAUCGAACUACCGUCCAUAAGAAUUUACUCGACUCGGCUCAGGCUUUAUGUAUGGCAAUGCGGAAAUUGGGUGUGGAUGCGGAGGACCCGAAUAACAGACAAUACGCAGACCGGAUCCUGGAAUACAAACUCGAUGCCGAUCCCAUGGCCUUGGUUUCUCAAGAAAUUUUAGGCGCCAUCGAAGCGGUAUGGCAUGACCCCGUCAUCCCAAGCGUCAUGGAUCGUUCCUCAGAAUUCUAUCUCAUGGAUUCAGCUACUUAUUUCUUCGCCAACAUACGUAAAAUCGGCGCACCGGAUUACAUACCUGAUGAAGCGGAUGUGUUAAGGGCGAGAACAAAGACGACUGGGAUAAGUGAGACGAGAUUCAAUAUGGGACAAUUGAGUAUACACAUGUUUGAUGUAGGUGGACAAAGGAGUGAAAGGAAAAAGUGGAUACAUUGUUUCGAAGCUGUCACUUCUAUAAUCUUUUGUGUUGCUCUGUCGGAAUACGAUCAAGUUCUACUAGAGGAAAAUGGUCAGAAUCGAAUGCAAGAAUCGUUGGUCUUAUUCGAAAGCGUGAUCAAUUCAAGAUGGUUCCUUCGUACUUCAGUAAUAUUGUUUUUGAACAAGAUCGAUGUUUUCAAACAGAAAUUACCAAAAGUUCCUCUGGUACAUUAUUUCCCAGAAUACACUGGUGGAGCAGAUAUCAAUAAAGCUGCUAAAUACAUUUUAUGGAGAUUUACACAAACGAACCGUGCUCGUUUGAGUGUUUAUCCACAUUUGACACAAGCUACAGAUACUUCUAAUAUACGUUUAGUUUUCGCUGCUGUGAAAGAAACUAUACUUCAAAACGCUUUAAGAGACAGUGGAAUCUUAUAGGUCUACCCUCUUUCCACUCACACACUUGUUUCUCCCUUACCUACGUCUUGUCUUCAUCCUUCGUUCUUCACCAUUGUUUCGUUAUCUCUUGGUCAUACCAUCACUCUUCCUUAUUUGAUGAUUGAUCCAUCAAACUUCUUUCUCCCCUCCCCUCAAACCACACACGUCUUAUCUCAAACCACGAGUGAACGAGUGAUCCCAAAUUUAUCAUCCUGUCAAUUCACAUUCACUUCCUACCUUUCGAUAAGAAUCAAAUACCACACGUCUUUCCCCUCGCAACCUAUGUAUUCAAGAGAGAUGAAUGGACAAAGAGUGAAAAGAGUAGGAUACGUAGCAAUAGGAACACCUAUGAUUCUUGUAUGGAUUUUAUUUGCUUGUUCUUUCCCCUCCCAUCGCUAGUCCAUCACAUGUGAAUCACAUUUGGUCAAGUAUGUCCAAGUGAACCCUAUCUACGUUACCCCACCACGCAUUGUAAAUAGUUUCGCAUAUUUUUCACACGUCCGACAUACUGUAACUUAUAUAAGUGCGAUUAAUUCCAUCUAUGUGCUC